AUGUCGUUGGACGAGUCGAUGCAAAGCACAGAAAGCGGCUUGGUGCAGACGAACGAAGCUGCUCCGGCCAGCACGACUCAGAUCGUGAGCCGCGUCGUGUACCCUCGUUUACUAGGCAAUCUUCCGGGAGCAAACCUACCGCAGUAUGCGCACGAAAUGACUCGCGAAGAUGAAGAUACUAUGAAGCAGAGCUGCUAUCAGGACGGACACGGCUUCGUCCAAUACGCCCUUGUAGCGUGGAUAAUGAUCGAGUACAAACACGAUCCAAUUGUUUCAUUUCCUGUUGCUAGCAAGGUCGCCAAAGAAACCGCUGAAGAAGUCAAGGCCGCGAUAAGUGCAGUGAUCAAUCCAUCGCUAAAAACAACACACAACUUAGAGCUGUGGGACCUACUGGAGGUUGCAUUUACGCAACUCCAGUAUCGUGGAAACGCGCACAUAUUAUUUCGCCAAUACGUCGAGCGGUGCUGGAAGCAAUACACAGGACACCCAGGUGACUAUAAGGCGCCGUAUGUGUCAAUCGUACAGAGCUCCGGAUUUGGUAAAAGUCGGCUAUUACGGGAGCUGUCUUUGCUUACGAGUGCUGAGCUUCAUGGAACGAUGCGGGUGCUCUACACUUGUACGCGGGUGGGUCAGUCGAGUGGGUUUCCAGAAGCGACGAAAGGGUUCCGAAAUUGGCUUUUUGGUGAUUACCAGACUCUUGUGGGGAUGACGUCGUGUCUGGAGACAAUAUUCUACUACGCUCAACAGAAUUGGGCGAGUGUCGGUGUAGAAUGGCUGGAAUUGUUUACGACCAGUGAUAACGAUGCAAUCGAGGCGUUGAAUAAAGCUGAGCGAGUACGGAAAUGCAGAAAACAGAUGGAGAUUGAGGAGAAUAAAAGGCUGGUGAUACUGGCUAUCGAUGAAGCCAGGUCACUCCUCGUGAGGACUCGCUGUGGCCAUAAUAAGCUCCGUAUGCUGCAACGUGCGCUAAAGAGUGCAAACCAAGGCAUCCAGAGAUACCACCCAAAUGCUGGGGUGUUUGCUGUCUUGGUCGAUACAAACCCAAAAAUCUCACAGCCGAAAGCAUCAUCGGGACGGAUUUCGGUGCCACCCGACGAUAGCGAUGCUCAGUUUCCUUCGUUUGUGCUUGGGCAUACGAUGGAUGUCUACUGGAAGGAUGUCGUGAAAAUGAACAAAACUUCUGCUUACAAAGAUGCCGUGUGUAUUGGUGACAAGAAUGAGGCCUGGAAGUAUCUUGUUUCGAUGGGUCGACCGCUCUGGAAGAGCACAUUUGACGCGUCAAUGAAGAAAUACAACAGCGAAGUAAAAGCGGCCGAAAGAGUCCUCCGUCUUGCAGCGCAGAGAAUGUUACUAGGAAGAGACACUCUUUCCCUGAUAUGUUACGAUGAAACGACAAUGUUUGGAGUGGCUUCAAUGCUGUGUCGACUUGGAUUGCGUCCCCAUUCGAGCUCGUCCCUGGCGCCUCGCGUCGUUGCCGACUUGAUGGCGAUUCUAGCUUACCUGAAUUAUGAAAGUGAUGGAUGUUUGAGUAGUUUUUCGUCGGAUCCGGUGCUGGCGCUGGGAGCGACGAAGGUGUGGUACAACUGUAAGCCUGCAUUGGCGAAUUGUAUUCUGCCGCAGCUCAAGAAGUUGCUUCUGAACGAGAUGCUGGAUACUUGUGGUGUUGACGAGAUUACGCCGGCGAAACGAUAG